GCAUUAAAAAGAGAGUCGCUCCCGGAGUCAGCCGAUCGAAGGCGUCGGAGGGGAAAUUAAUUCUUAUCGAUAAUUCAAACCAGCAAUGCCCUUUUAAUGUGAAUGCAUGGUUUUAAGUCUGGGAAGGACCAAAAAGUGCUAUGUGAGUCUUUAGGUCUGUGCACCGACUGACCAAACGUUUUUCAGUGGUGUAACAUGGAGAGAGGAAACCUUCGAUUUGUUGUCUUAAUCAUCGUYUACGUCUUCUACUUGGUUAUUGGAGCAGCAAUUUUCUCAUCGAUUGAAGGACCUUUUGAGAAACGAGUUGUUAGCGAUGUUCGAUCAAAAAGAGAAGCAUUCCUCGCAAAGUAUCCGUGUGUGAACGAUUUAGAUCUYGAAGAGUUCAUCAAAGUGGUCGUUAGAGCUCGCGAUCAAGGAAUUUCACCCAUGCGGAAUGUAACAAUACCUAGYUGGGARUUUGGUAGUGCUUUUUUCUUUGCUGGUACGGUAAUAACAACCAUAGGUUAUGGAAACAUCGCUCCUCUUUCAAGCGGUGGUAAAAUUUUCUGUAUUGUCUACGCUUUAUUUGGUAUUCCAAUGACGGCCAUUAUGCUUACAGCCAUUGUAGAGAGACUUCUUCUAGUCGCUGAAGCCAUUCAAGAACGCCUUAGUCGGUCAUGCGCAGUACGGGGUGUCCCAGUAGGCUAUCUGCGCAUGUUCCACCUUUCCCUUAUGAUGUUAGUGAUUUUGUUCUUGGUAAUGUUUCUUCCUGCCAUUUUGUUCAUGCAACUAGAGAACUGGUCAUACUUCGAAGCGUUUUAUUUUUGCUUCAUCUCCUUGACAACGAUAGGUCUCGGGGAUUUUGUACCGGGUGAUGACCCGGUCUGGCAAAAGAGCAACUAUAGGGCACUCUACAAAGUAUGUAGCGUGCUUUUCUUCGUGAUUGGGAUCUCCUUCUUGAUCCUGAUUCUUGAACUGUGUGCUAAAGUCCCGGAUGACCAUCCCGGCAUGUUGUUCUCGUGUCAUCAACCGUUUCUCAAGGAUGAAGAGACGGACUGGACCCCAUUAAAGGGAGAUAUGGUUCGUGAGGCUGUGAAGCCAACUGGAAGCAGUAAAAACACUUAUAAAAGACUAGGGGAGUCAUCUGAAGAUAACUCAGGCACGUGAUACCUGAGUGGUACCAACAUGAUACAUUGUAUAGUGCCAAAAUAAUCGCCCUAAAAUGCGUUUUGCAUUGUAGUUUAUUUCCUUGAAUAUAACAAAAAAACGUGUUAUGGGGCGAUUCAGAAACUAGGCCUAACAUGGCAGCCCUUAAGAAAGCUGUCAAGCUGAAAGGUUUUCUAGGUUUUUUAAAAUGUGAUGCAUUCUCAAAUGUGUAAAAAAUUAUUAACUUCCCUAAGAAAUUUGUGAAUGGAUCCAUCCGGCCUGGGUCAACAGCUGUAAGCGAUGUUAACCGACAAGUGCAAUUAUCAGUUUACACUUUUGCAACCUGAGCAGGUCAUUUUCGAUCGUGACAUUUUCAUUCUUUGAUUUUCAGAUUUUCAUUUUCAGCUAUACAGCCUUUUCAAKACUUGCUAUAUUUAAAUUUCUUCAAAUUCAGAAUGUCAAUGCUUGCCUCACAAAAACCGCGAUAUACAGAAUAGUGCCAUUACGUUAGUUCCUCAACACAAAGAUUUAAUUCAUUCCUAUUGCUAUUCUUCGUUUUCACUAUAUGUCACACAGCGGUCAUCUUGGAGGAACUUCUCGGAACUUUAACAAAGGAUUUCUCAUUAGUAUCUAUUGUUCAUUACUCCAACAUGGCCACUGGUCCGCUAUCUUUUGAAUUUCGAUCAUGGGAAAGCAGUAAAAACGAACAAUAUUAUUAUAUAGUAAAUGUAAACUAGACGUCGCGUCUUGACACGCGCUUAYCAUACUUGAUCGACAAGUGAUGAGUUUGACAUUUCGCCUUCAGCUUCGUGAGCUAAGYCACAAAAAAUGAGCAAGUGGCGACCAUGCAUUUUGUAAAUAGCCAAUAAUGAAGAGGGAAGUCCGUUCCCCCUUUGAACGAAAAAGGAUWUUAAAUGACAAUCGUGCRCGAGUAGGGGAUUAUUAGUAAACAAAUUGAUUUGGUGGCUGGAAACACCAAGAAUUUUAUUUAUAUUAAGUUUUAAGGUGACUAAAAGAAAAAUUGUAAUUUUCCUURCCGUCGACAAGGUGCGUCUUUGCGGGAUAUCUUWAAUACAACUAAACACUAAUGAAUGUCACUUAUCACUAGACACCUGUUCUCUGAUACACUUCCAUUAUAUCUGAUGAAAAUCUUUAAAAAAACUGCUUCAAGACGCAUCUCAAAUCGACAUAAAGUUCUCUUGAAUAAAUGGGUAUAAGGGUUUUUUAAUAAAAGUGCAAUAUGUGCCAA